AACCUUCUAACCCCCUCUCUCUCUCUCCGUCUUUUCCUCAGAAAUGGCGAGCUGGGUUCCUCCCCUCCCCCUCCUCCUCCUCCUCCUCCUCCUCUGCCUCUCCUCGACCGACGGUCAGGAGAAGGUCUCCAUCCUGGACUUCACCUCUGAGACCCCCAUCAACAACGUGGCCCAGGACCCCCAGAGCGGACGCAUCUACCUCGGGGCGGUCAACAGCAUCUUCCAGCUGGGAGCUUCUCUGCAGCUGGAGGCCCGGGCCAGGACCGGGCCUCUGAAAGACUCCCGAGGCUGCACCCCCCCGGCCUCCGACUGCCAGGGCAUCAGCGACAUGGCCAACAUGAACAAGCUCCUGCUGGUGCACCAGGCCAACGGCUCCCUCAUCGUGUGCGGGAGCCUCUACCGAGGCAUCUGUUCCCUGCUCAACCUCACCAAGGUGGACCAGCUGCUGUACUACAGCGACAGGAAGGGGGAGAAGACGUACGUGGCGAGCAUCGAGGAGGGCGUGAACGUGGUGGGCGUCAUGUCCACCUUCGCCAAGUACGGCCAGGACGUCGACGUGUUCCUCGUGGCGAAGGGCUACGGCAGCUUGGACAGCACCAAGCUCAUCAGCACGCGCAUCCUCCAGGACUACCGCGACUGGGUGGUGUUUGAGAGCAUCAUCGAGGCGUCCACGGUGCAGACCACGCCCUUCGUGCCCAAGUACAUGCACGACUUCCGCCACGCGUUCAAGGACGACGGCUUCACCUACUUCCUGUUCUCGCGGACGCUGGACGGCACGGACAACAAGAACCACACGUUCGUGUCGCGGCUCUGCGAGAACGACGACCAUUACUAUUCCCACACCGAGCUGCAGUUGAACUGCGGUCAGGGGAACCGCUACAACAAGGUGCAGGCUGCCUACGUAGCGGCGCCUGGUAAAGAGCUGGCGCGGAGCAUAACCGAGACGGGCCUUUACGGGACCGUGCUUCCCUGGCACAAGAUCCUGUUCAUGGUGGCCAGCCCGGACGAAGACCCCGUCGACUCUGCCCUCUGCAUGUACCCGCUGAAUGCCGUCAACGAGCGCCUGGUGGACAUCAUCAGCGCCUGCUACAGCGACUCGGGCAAGAUCGCCGGCAAGCCCGUCGUGGAUAUCCCUUACUCGUCCAAGACGGAGGAGUUCUGCUCCUCCAAGAUCAGCAAGGAUAUGGUGAACAGCUUCAAAUGCGGUGCGGACUUCCUUCCUGCUCCACUGGCCAGUAAGCCCAACUUUGCCCUGACGGCGGAGGCUACGGUGACCAGGAAGGGCCUUCUGACUGCGGUGGCCGUUGCCGUGGAGAACGAACACACCAUCGCCUUCCUGGGCAACAGCCAGGGUGAAGUGUAUAAGGCCCACCUCACACGCAGCCCAGAGGUCUACAGCAGAGGGCCUGGAGACACCACGGGCGAGAAGGUCAACAAGAACCUCCUCUUUGACCGCAGCCAAAGCCACCUGUACAUCACCACUGAGACAAAGAUCACCAAGGUGCCAGUGCAGGCCUGUCAUCUGAAGAAGGACUGCCAGUCCUGUGCGGCUCUGAAGGAUCCGUACUGCGGCUGGUGUGUCUUGGAGGGCAGGUGUACUAGGAGAUCUGAUUGCAGGCGAGCAGAGGAGAAGAAUGGCUGGCUGUGGAGCCCCCGGCAGCAGUGUGUGAAGAUUGUGUCCUUCCACCCACCCAACCUCAGCUGUACAAAGACCCAGCAGGUUGAGAUCAACGUUCCCUCCCUCCCGUCCAUCGGUGGUUCGGACCGCCUGCGCUGUGUCUUCCGCUCCUUCCAAAGCGACGGCACCAUGUCCGACUCCGGUCAGGUGACCUGCUUGCUCCCCCACCCUCCGCUCUCCCCCCCAACACCGGACGACCAGGACUUUGUAGCCGUGCCAGUGAAGAUCUACGUGAACGAGACAGUGGAGCUGGCGACCAGGGAGUUUAAGUUUUACAACUGCUCUGCCACAGUGAAGAAGGCGGAAAACACACCGUGCAUGUCCUGUGUGGCCAGUCCAUGGGGCUGCCAGUGGAGCACCCAGGACCACACCUGCAGUGACAUGGACGACACGGUCACAGGCCACAUCAUCAGACACAAACAGAUGACAAAGUGUCCUCAGUUUGAGAACCCUGACCCCGUCCUCAUCCCCGUUGGCUUCAAAACCACCAUCAGCUUUGAGGGCAUCAACCUGGACCUCUACAAGGAUCGGACGUUCUCCAUCGGUACCGAGUUGAUGAGGAACGCGGAGGAGGACGUCAGGACUGAGACUGGACCCUUCUACAGUUUCAGUGGCUUCACUUUUUCUUUCGACAAGUCACCGGAGACCAACGUGCUCUUCUAUGUGAAGGACAGAGACUCGGGCAAAAAGAUAGACAGCACACUGAAUGUGACUCUGUACAACUGCUCCAUGGGGCGAGAAGACUGCAGCCUGUGCAAGAACGCCGACCCCAAGUACAGGUGUGUGUGGUGCACCAGCAGGAAGUCGUGCGUGUACGAGAAGCUGUGCUCCGAGAACCCCCAGGACACGGAGUGCCCUGACCCCCAGAUCUCCGACAUCAUCCCUCGCUUCGGGCCCAUGGGGGGUGGCAUCUCCGUCACCAUCAGGGGCUCCAACCUAGGCAUCCACAAGGAGGAUAUCAAGAGCAUCACUGUGGUGGGGGUCCCCUGCUCACACCUGGAUGACAAGUACACCGUCUCCACCAGUGUGGUGUGUGAGAUUGGCCCCCUGGACCCCCUGAGUACCAGCUGGGGCCAAGUAGAAGUGGAGGUGGCCGGAGGGAAGAGAGGAACCUCCUCUGUCUACUUCACAUACAGGGACCCCGUCCCCCAGGUGGUUCAACCCUCCAAGGGGCCCAAAGCCGGGGGGACACUCAUCACCAUAUCGGGCUCCAACCUGGACACUGCCACCAAGAACGACAUUCAAGUGACCGUCGGAGCGGUGGAGUGCGCCAUAAUGCACUUCGGCCCCGAGAUCAUCUGCAAAACAGGAGAGUACAAUGCUGAGAAGGUGCCGUCGGGCCCGUUGACCAUGACGGUCAAGUACGGUCGGAAGACGACCACAACCAUCCCCACUGCCUUCCAGUUCUUGGAGAACCCCAACAUCCUGGAGCAUGACCCCAAAAGCAGCUUUGUCUGUGGCGGGAGGACGAUUGUAGUAACAGGCUCAGGGUUCGACAUCAUCCAGAGUGCCGUCAUAAAAGUCCAAGCUAUGGGGGAGGACUGGUCUGGAAUCGCCCAUAAGGAAUCUGAGUUCAUCCAGGAGUGCCACAGUAAGAAUGACACCAUGCUUAAGUUCCAGUCCCCGUGGGUGAACAGCUCCUACCAGAUCCAGGACUACAGGACUUUCAUCCUGCUGGACAACUGGGAGAGGGAGCUCAAACCCUUCGACUACCACCAGGACCCCACCUUCGACGAGCUGACCAAGAAGGUCAUCACUCCCAGCAGCAUGAUCAUUGUCACCGGACAAGGGUUCUCCAAGGCCAUGACGGAGAAAGAGGCCCAGGCCUUUGUCGGGGACGUGCCCUGUGUGGUCAACACCCUGAAGGACGACAAGAUGUUUCUAGAACCUCCUACCACCCAGCCAAUGGCCCGCUCCAAACGACAACGCCGGGACACCAGCUCUGACCCACUGGACCUGCUGAUCAAGUUUGGGAACGGAGAGUGGGUGGUGGGAUCGGUCCACUACGAGAGGAAGUACGAGGUCCCCUUCCUGGUCAUCAUCCCUGCCGUCAUCAUCCCCAUGCUGCUCAUUAUAGCCAUCUCAGUCUACUGCUACAGGAGGAAGAGUCAGCAGGCAGAGAGGGAGUAUGAGAAAGUCAAACACCAACUGGAGAACUUGGAGGAGAGUGUCCGGGACCGCUGCAAGAAGGAGUUCACAGACCUGAUGAUUGAGAUGGAGGACCACACCAACGAGCUGAGCGAGGGUCGCAUCCCGUUCCUGGACUACAAGACCUACACCGACCGCGUCUUCUUCCUGCCCUCCAAGGACGGCGCCAACGACGUCAUGAUCACGGGCAAGCUAGACAUCCCUGAGAACCGCAAGGCCAUCGUGGCCCAGGCCCUCAACCAGUUCUCCAACCUGCUCAACAGCAAGACCUUCCUCAUCAAUUUCAUCCGCACGCUGGAGGGCCGUCCCGACUUCAACGCCAGGGCCAAGGUGUACUUUGCCUCGCUGCUCACGGUGGCCCUCCACGGCAAGCUGGAGUACUACACCGACAUCAUGAGGACCCUGCUGCUGGAGAUGAUGGAGGGGUAUGUGCAGAGCAAGAACCCCAAGCUGAUGCUGCGCAGAUCAGAGACUGUGGUGGAGAGGAUGCUGUGCAACUGGAUGUCCAUCUGUCUCUACCAGUUCCUUAAGGACUCAGCAGGGGAACCCUUGUACAAACUGUUCCGUGCACUCAAGCACCAGAUAGAGAAGGGUCCUGUUGAUGCGUGUGCGAAGAAGGCCAAGUACACCCUCAACGACACGGGCCUGCUGGGGGACGACGUGGAGUACUGCGUCCUGACCCUGCAGGUGCUGGUCCAUGGAGAGGGACCUGAUGUGACACCCGUCAAGGUGUUGAACUGUGAUACCAUCUCCCAGGUGAAGGAGAAGAUCAUCGAGCAGGUCUACAAGAAUUUGACUCACUCACAGAGACCCAAGGUGGACAGUGUCACGCUUGAGUGGCGCCCUGGCUCCACAGGGCAAAUCCUGUCUGACCUGGACCUGACGUCCCAGAAGGAGGGAAGGUGGAAGCGCAUCAACACGCUGGCCCACUACAACGUGCGAGACAACGCUACCCUGGUCCUGUCUAGAGUCCUUCACACUCAACAAAACUACGACCAGAACCAGGACAACCACGAGGAGAGGAACGCUCUGCUGGAGGAUGACAAGGUGUUCCACCUGGUGCGACCAGCAGAUGAGCUGGAUGAGAUCAAGUCUAAGCGAGGCAGCAUGAAGGACAAGUCCAUGACCAAAGCCAUCACGGAGAUCUACCUGACCAGACUGCUCUCUGUCAAGGGAACGUUGCAGCAGUUUGUGGACGAUUUCUUCCGGAGCGUUCUGUGCUCCGGGGCCGUGGUGCCGCCAGCCGUCAAGUACUUCUUUGACUUCCUGGAUGAGCAGGCGCUGAAGCACGACAACGUGGACGAAGAGACCAUCCACAUCUGGAAGACCAACAGCCUGCCGUUGAGGUUCUGGGUGAACAUUCUGAAGAACCCCCACUUCAUCUUCGACGUCCACGUGACAGAAGUGGUGGACGCCUCGCUGUCCGUCAUCGCUCAGACCUUCAUGGAUGCCUGCACCAAGAGCGAGCACAAGCUGAGCCGGGACUCCCCAAGUAACAAACUACUCUAUGCAAAGGAGAUCUCCACAUACAAGAAGAUGGUGGAUGAUUACUAUAAGGGCGUCAGGCAGAUGGUAUCAGUAAGUGACCAGGACAUGAAUACUCAUCUGGCAGAGGUAUCUCGGUCACACACAGACAAGCUCAACACACAAGUGGCCCUGCAUCAGCUCUACCAGUACGCCAGCAAGUACUACGACGGAAUCAUCGCCUCCCUGGACGAGGACCCGGCAGCGCAGAGCAAACAGCUGACCCUGCGGCUACAGCAGAUAGCAGCCGCCCUCGAGCACAAAGUGACAGAUCUCUAACCCAAUGGACGGGAGGGCCAGGGGACGGAGGGAGGGAUGGACGGACGGUUGGAGGGAGGGAUGGACAGCGAUGGUACGGUGCACCAGUGUCCACAGGGGCUACGUUCUCUCGGUACACAGAGGAAGAGGGGGGAGGGAGGGUUAUAGGGACACCUGAGAGCACGCACGUGGACAAGUACAGCCGAGGGAGAGCCAGUCUGCAAAGUGGAGCAGUGUGCGACACCGAAAUAAGCAGAGAGAAAGGGAGUCGGGAGAAGGGAAAGGGAGAGGAGAAAAAUUGGUGGGCUACGCCCAUCCAUGGUACGGAAUGCCUUAAAGCUCACUUGCCAAACUGAAGUGGGUUUUCCCUGCUCAGCCUUGCCCCCGCUGUUCUCAAAGUGCGACAACGUAAAUCACGGAGAAAGAAGCCCCUGUGGUAACACUGGCCAGAGAGAUAAUCAGAUGUUGCGUUUUUCUUCUCGUGUAGAAAGGUUCUAAGAAUUGUAUUAUAUAUUUUUUUUAUCGUGCAGUCUUUACGCGGAAAGCUUUAUAAGGAAAUUAUCUUUUGAAAUGGACCGCCUUGUGGUGUGCAUAGUGUUUCUAUUAGCCCGCCUGCCUGCGUGUGGGUGUGGGUGUGUGUGUGUGGCUUGUGCGUGUGUGUUGGUGUGUGUACGUGGAUGCCUGCUGUCAGGCUAGAGGGCACAUGGAGACCCUAUCUGUCAUUUUAAUCUCUUUCACUCUCCUAGGAGUCCACACUCUCUCCAAGCUCUUUGACAGAGACCAAAGGGUCAUGACUCAGACUUUGGCUAACUAACAAUGCACAGGCUCUUGGAAAUGACAGGAGCAUCGAUUACUGACGUUUCCUAAUGUUUUAAUUGUAUUAUUUUUUUCCUCUUAAUUCGUUUUGCUUUGAGCUUAAUGGCUGCAGAAGCUAAUAGCACAGCACUUGCCCCCGCAAGUGUUACAUUGCCAUACAUUCCACUCAUAAGUAAAGCACAGAAAUGAUGUUUAAAACAGGGGGUUAAGACAGCUGGCUAUGGCACUUUUGACCAGUUAUACAGUUUUGCUCCCCUUUAGUCAAAUGUUUUAUUAUGUUUCAAAGCUUUAAUGUUAGUCACUGUUUGUGGAACUGACACAAGCAAAUCUUGUAACAGCCCUGCAAUAAGAUAUCAGAAUAGCAUGAGCUAUAUUUUAGUGGAUUUUAUAUAGAAUAAAAUGUCAUGUCAUCUAUGGUAGCCAGGCAGCAAUAUUGGACUGUAUGACUGAGAGAAUCCACGCAUUCUCACAGUAUACAACUAGCAUCAUCGUAAUAGUACCAUGGUUUUGUUAGUAGUGUUUUGCUUAUUAUUGUAGUGCCAUAUUCUGUGAGUUGGAACUAUCUCAAUAUUAGCUUAACAAGCAUAUAUGGCUGUUCUGUUUCUCACUAAGUGAUGAUUCUUCUGGUACUAUGGAGGUAUGAGUCCUUAGUUACAGAAUCAAUACACUAUGUCAUACUUUUAAGAUGUCAUACUUUUAAGUUCAUAUGGAUGGAUGGUGACUGAAAUGCUUUGUGAAUUAUUAUUAAUAUUGGCCAUUCUAUCACACUUAGGUACACUGCACAUCAUUCCAUAGUGGGUGUCGGUGUCAAACCGCAAAUGUCUUGACCACAGAUAUUUACCCAAGGGCAUAGGCUCCCUGUAUCUGGCUCUGUCCUACUGACAGAUAGAGGAGAGUCCCUGACCCCAGAAUGUUAGUGAUUCCUGCCUUGGAUUGGAGUGAGGUUUGCACAGAGCCUGCCUGCCCGCCUGCCCACAUGCCUGCCUGCACAGCAUGGCAUCGCGGCAUCAUGGUACCCUGACCAAGCGGCACUUGGCGCUGCCCACUCAGCACAGACCGGAGUGGCACUCUGCAUAAUGGCACCAGCGGGGGAUGCUUUUGAUCUUCAUUGCAUGCAGACUUUGCGGGGCUCCAUCCUCGUCACGGCCUCAGCUGUGCACCGCAAACGCCGACCUGCUGACAGGAGCGCGCAAGCUUCUUUCAAGCCUUUCUUUAACCAAAAUGUGCCUUAGCAAUGAGAAUAUCUUUUUUGAGUUAUUUCGUGAUUAGAGGCAAUUUAUAGUCGAUAGAGACACAGCAAUGUAUUUGCGAUUCUUGUGAUAAUUGUGUGCUGUCGAAAAAUGCUAGGACUUUGCUGCAGCCUUGCUCUGCCAGCAGGCUGAACACAUUUCAGUAUGAGUUUUUAUGGUCGCAGUUUUGAUGUGUGCAUUCAAUUUAGGGUGUCUGUGGUGUGUGUUUAGUAGGACUAUGGUGGCAGCCCAAAUGAGUAUAAAUGUCAAGCAGUAUGGCCAACCUAAAAGGUUUUCCUCCCUACAUUUCUCCGGCAUCCCUUAAAUUGGUCUAGGCUAAAAAGGUAACACAAGUAGAGUAUUGAGUAUAGAGCAAAAUUGUUCUGGUGGUGUUUUUUUUUUGCCUGUGUUUCUCUGAUGUUCCACUGUGUGUAUGGAAAACGACUGUAUCUAUACUCGACAAUUAUCUUUCUUACUGCUGUGCAGUUAUUAUUUGUAUUUUUUGGUUUCCUAUAACAUAUACCUUUGUAAAGAUAUGUUGAAAUACUGUAUUCUAUCCGUAUACUCCUAUGCAUCGAGUCCUGGGGAAAAAAAAUAUCCUGUUUGUUGUGCUGUUGUCGAGAUCAUUUCAUUUCCUUGUGAAUGUGCCGUGACUAAGCAAGAAACUGGGACAGUGGAAUCCAGAGCAGGACAUUAAUGGAUGCCAACGUUUUUCUCUGUGUGAGACAGCUGGCUAGAAAUUGACCCUGCCUUCAUGUUUGAACUGGAUUACUUCUUUCUCAGAGGUUGCGUGUGUAUGGGGCAGUUACACACAGAUUGCAUCACACACUCCCCCAUGAAUAAACUUCUCAGAGACAUCCA